AACCAGGCACUUAUUGGACUGGGAGGGAAGUGUGCAUGCACGUCGCACGCUGGAUCCCUCGUGGUAUCGACAUGUUUGUCAUACUGAAGGAUACUUUUCGCAUUGCCAGGUAUAUGGAAGCAGAAGAGGUGGCCAAGAACUCAUCCGAACCCGAGGAAGAAGACAGCAAGAGGGAGCGAAAAGAAGCUCUUAGCGUCUUGUCUAAGGAUGCUCAAGAGCAUCACCUCAAGAUAUACCAGAGGAUUACAUCGUCCGCGCCUUAUCUGCGCACUCUCAUCCGAGGCCGUCACAACAGAAAGAAGCUGGAGACUGAGUUGAAUAGCAUUUUAUCAGAGGAAAUCAUCGGCCAAAUUCGGUCUGAGGAUGCCAGUCACCUCAAGCCCUUCAUCGGGAAUUACGCGGCUCCUCAACCUGAGGAAAGGGGACUGGAACCUCCAAUUUUCUCGGAGAACAAGAAGUCCCGCACCAGAAUGGGUGUGAAUCACCCGCAGCUGGCAGGCAUGCUGUGUCCGAUCAAGCACGCGAGUGCAUACCACGAUGAUCCGAAGAACGUGCAGGAACAACUUCAAAACGGUAACAUCAAAAUGACCGCAGGCGCCUGGCCUGCAUUAGCAUACCCUGGGGAUCCUCCUGGUGCGGACUUCGAUAUCAAAGACGUCCAGGAAGGUUUACUCAAGGGACACCUAAUCAAACGGGUUCUUCGGCAUAUCUAUACUAGUCCCUCAUCCGCACUCGUUGAAGACGGAGAGCUGUCUGCUACACGAUCAGGCAAUGCUAAGUUACACGGUAUGUAUAAAGUUGAGGCGGAACACAUCGCAUAUGCGUUCGUUCAGAGUCGGUUUGGGAUCUCAUCCCGUGAUAAAUGGCAAGAGAUGGACGGUAAGUACAGCUACCGCGAUGCCUACUACCGCACAAUCCGAGCAAUCCGAGAACCAUUCGACGAAGCAUGGGCCGAGGACCUCUUGGAAUGGUGGAACAAGGCGGUGUUCGGUAACAAACGGGGUGUUCCGUUGUUCGAUAUCAGCGACGACGAAGACGACGACCUCGCGCUGAUGAAGAAGCAAUCUGUAAAGCGCGCCGCAGCAGCGCGUGCAAAGUCUACCGCCUCUACCUCUGUCUCUCCCCCCGUUGAAGCAGAGCCUACUGUCGAUCACCCAGACAUUUCAAUCGUACAUCCUUCUCUGCCAAGUACUUCUCCGCCUCCCGUUGAAGAAACCGUGGUCCCACAACCGACGUCCAUUCCUAGGCCCCGUCCUGUCAAACCAGCUGAGAAAUCAACUGGCGACAGCUCAUCUUCUGCACCCGCGUUGCCGACUGUGGCCCCUCCGAAGCCUGAUGCUGUUGCUCCUGUUUCUAACAAGAGCAAGAAGCGAAAGUCAGACGAGUUGGAGGUUGGCGGCGAGAGCUCCCUGAGCGAAGUCGAGUCUGACGUCCCAGUUGCUCCAAAAGGCGCGAAGAAGCGCCGAAAGAAGGCUACCGCUACCGCACCCAAGAAACGCAAAGGGCGAAAGUGA